AUGAGUAAAGUCGACGAGAAAUCCGGCGCCGACCCCGCCAAGGUCGAGGCCGCCGCCGCCGAUGUCGACCACAUCGCCGACCUCGACGAGAAGGCCUCGCCCGCCGCUUACAAGGCGGAUGCCAUCGAGGCAGAGCUGGCUGAGCUCAAGAUGGGAGUGUUGGAGGCCGUCAAGCUCUAUCCCAUGGCCUCCAUGUGGGCUUUCAUCAUGUCCACGACAAUUAUCAUGGAGUCCUACUGCGUCUUCCUCAUGGGCGCCUUCGUCGCCAUGAAUCAGUUCCAGCUGGAGUAUGGCAUCAAAGACUCCAAGGGCAAGUACCAAAUCGAGGCAUCGUGGCAGUCUGCUCUCCAGGUCGGUGGCCCUCUCGGUGCCAUCAUUGGUGUCUGCAUCGCUGGUCCCAUUACCAGCCGUAUCGGUUACCGCUGGGCCACCAUUGGCGGUCUCAUGGUCUUGAACGCCUUCAUCUUCGUCUUCUACUUCGCCAACUCGCUUGCCGUCAUGUUUGUCAGCCAGCUUCUCGAGGGUGUCCCCUGGGGCAUCUUCAUCGCCAACGCACCCGCCUACUGCAGUGAGAUCGUGCCCAUGAGACUGAGAGCCCCUGCCACCCAGAUGUUGCAGAUGUUCUGGGCUAUUGGUGCCAUUAUCGUCGGUGGUGUCUGCUACGUAUACGAGAGCAAGACCGACCAGAGCGCAUGGAAGGUUCCUAUCGCCCUUCAAUGGAUGUUCCCCACCCCCCUCGCCAUCCUCCUCUACAUCGCUCCCGAGUCCCCCUGGUGGCUGGUUCGCAAGGGACGUCUUGACGACGCUGCCGUUGCCGUCCGCCGCCUUGGACGUGCCUCUGGCACCAAUGUUGAAGAGUCCGUCGCCAUGAUUCGUCGUACCAUUGAGCUUGAGAAGACCGAAAAGGAGCCCGGCUACGUCGAGCUCUUCAGGGGCACCGACAGAUACCGCACCCUCAUCGUUUGCGGUGUGUAUGCUGCUCAGAACCUUACUGGUAAUCUUAUUGCCAACCAGGCCGUCUUCUUCUUCAGACAGGCUGGUAUCGGUUCCCAGCUUGCCUUCGCCCUUGGUCUCAUCACCUCCGCCCUGCAGACCGUUUUCGUCAUGCUUUCCUGGAUUCUCACGACGUACCUCGGCCGCCGCACCAUUUACGUCUGGGGUUCGUUCAUCAACGUCCUCUUCCUCAUCGCCCUUGGUGUUGCUGGCUCUGUCGGCGAUUCUACCGCUGCCUCUUUGGCCAUGGCUUCUUUGGGUCUCAUCGUCUCCGUCGGUUUCACCCUCGGACCUGCCCCCGCUUCCUGGGUCAUCAUCGCCGAGACCUCCGCCAUCCGUCUCCGUCCCCUUACCACCGGUAUUGGACGUGCCGCCUACUACGUCGUCAACAUCCCCUGUAUCUUCCUCUCUACUUACAUGCUCAACAGCACGGGUGUCGACUUGGGCGGCAAGUGCGGUUACGUCUGGGGUGCCACCGGUUUCUUCUGCUUCGUCAUGGCCUUCUUCUACAUUCCUGAGAUGAAGAACCGUUCCGUCCGUGAGAUUGACAUCAUGUUCAAGCGUCGCAUCCCCGCUCGCAAGUGGAAGAAGACCGUCAUCGACAUCAACGAUGACGAGUAA